AUAUUUUGGUCAUAAUUGUAUAUAACAUUUUAUCCCCCAAAUUGCCAACAGUUGACUAGAAUCGUUAAGCAUCCUUGGUCCUUUAACAUGUAUUGGGUCGCUGCGAUAUUAUACAUUCUCUCAAGUUUAUACCAUUUCGAUUUUAUUUCCAAAAGAAUGAAGAAUAUUUAAAGUUUAAGUUACCGUCACGGCUGACAAUCUUCUCGAUUUUGGCCCAAUACCGCUUUUAGAAACACUUGAUUUCUGUAAUCCUCUCAGCCAUGUCAAUUGUCAUGACACUUUCUAAUUUUAGCAGCAAUUGUUGGAGAGUUUUCUCUUGAGGUGAACAGUUUUGGGUUUUUUAAAAUAAACUUCUGUUUUUGGUUAACCAGGAUUGAGAUGGGUACGUCAGGCGCAAAUUUAGCAUUUGUAAUCCCUGCAGUAUAAAAGUAACCCAUCUUGUGCUUGUCCUUAACCAUACAAUGGCGGACAGUUUAUUUAAAGGCUGUUUUGGCAUGUUCAUCAGCUUCCUUCAUUUGAUGAGCGAAGUGUCGGGCAGGGCUGUGCAACCCCCGACUCGUCAGCUGAUUAUCGGCGGAACUUCCGCCGACCGAUGGGCGUGGCCCUGGCAGGCCGGGAUCAUGGUGGCGGACCAGCUGAUCUGCGGGGGUACUUUAAUACAGUACGACAUCGUCCUCACAGCGGCCCACUGUCUGAUGGGCAGAAGUAAAGAUUCGUACAAGGUGGUUCUGGGUGACUAUGAUCGGACUGUACAAGAGGGCGGGGAGCAGUUUAUAGAGGUGUCAGCUUUUGAAACGCAUCCGAAAUUUGAAGGUAAUUUCCUGAGUGGAUACGAUGUGGGGAUAAUACACCUGGUGAGGAAUGCCAGUCUUAGUGAGAGUGUGGGGGUCAUCAGGACCGCGGAGCCUGGGAUGGUCACCCCUAAACUGUCCAAAGCCAGGUGUCUCAUCACCGGCUGGGGGGUCAACAGUCUCGCUACAGGGGACGAGGAGCUGGCCACUCAGCUACAAGAGGCCGACAUAGAAAUCAUCAGCAACAAGAGGUGUAACUCCAAGCGUUACUGGGACGGGCUGGUGAAGCGCACAAAUAUAUGCGCCAUGUACAAGGGCACGGCGGCGUGCCAGGGUGAUAGCGGGUCCCCAUUAGUGUGUUGUUGGGACGGAUCCUAUAUUUUAGUUGGCGUCACAUCUUGGGGGUCCAGCACGUGUAAGAAUUACCCGAGUGUGUAUACAGAUGUCUCCACAAUCAUUCCCUGGAUUACAUCCACGGUAAUGGCGCUAAGAAAUCACCACUGCACAGAAAACACAAACAGUCCAGAUGUACCAGUAAAACUGUAUUGAUGAACGGAAGAAUGUGAUACUUGGUAUGGAUGAAUAUAUGCUUGUACAUUGACAGAAUCAAUGAGACGUGGCCCCGCCGUCACCAACUUUCCUCACGUCAAUACGCAGCCUCUAAUCCGAGCAUGAUUUAUGCCUGUAAGGAUUUGAGUUGAGGAUUGAGUUGAGUGAUUUGAAUAUUAUGGUGACGGCGAGGUCUGGAUUCAUAACAACGACAAUUUCCUCAAAACACAGGAAUGCUGUAUAACUAUAGGUUAAUAAAUAAAAUAAAAACCAGUACAAUGUUUUUUUUGGAUUAAUUUAUAAAAGUUAGACAUAUCCACUUAAAGACGCCAAUGAACCAAAAAACGAGCGGACAU